ACCGGAAGUGUGUGUGUGGGGAGGCAGCGCGGAGCCGGCGGCGGGUGCUCCGCUCGGUGCCGGCGGGGCCCGGCCCGGCCCGGCCGUGGGGCUGGUGCGCCAUGGCUCACAGCCAGUCUCGGAAGCGGUCACGGAGCAGGAGCAAAAGCAGUUCACGGAGCAGACAGGAGAGGAAGGAGAAGAAAAGGAGGAAGAGCAGCAAGGACUCGCAGCAGGGCAGCAGCUCCCCUCCGAGGAAGCGGACGUCUGGGUGUCACAGGCACAAGUCGAGCUCAGCAGCAGCUAAGGAAGAAAAGAAGAAGGAAGGAAAGGACAAAAAGAAGAGGAAGGCAAGUACCUCUUCUUCUGAGCCAGCAUCUUCAUCCACCAGCUCCUCCUCGUCUUCCUCUUCCUCCAGCUCCUCUUCUGGUGACUCCAGUGACAGCGACUCCAAAACAAAGAAGAGUCGACACAGCAAAAAAAAGCGAGCCAAAGACAAGGACAAGAGGAGGAAGAAGAAGAAGAGAAUAAAGAAGAAGUCAAAAAAGAAGUCAAAGGAAAAGGCUAAGGAGGAGAAAGCCAAGGGAGAAGUGGUGCCCGGCCCCUCACUGGAGCAGUGGCAGAAGGAGUCUCUGGUGGACGCUGGACCAGUUUUGACAGAUGAACAAAAGUCCCGAAUCCAGGCUAUGAAGCCAAUGACAAAGGAAGAAUGGGAUGCGAGGCAGAGCGUCAUAAGGAGAGUGGUGGAUCCUGAAACAGGGAGAACCAGGCUUAUUAAGGGAGAUGGAGAAGUACUGGAAGAAAUCGUCAGCAAGGAGAGACACAAGGAGAUUAACAAGCAAGCCACCCGAGGGGACGGGCUGAGCUUCCAGGCGAGGACGGGGAUGCUGCAGUGAGCACACAAGCACCAGCAGUGCUGGGAGCCCGUCCUGUGCUGGAGCCGGCCCCAGUGUGAGCCUCUGCCUCUGGACCACACAGACAGCACCACAUCAAGAUGCUUCCCCAGGGGCAUUUCCAGCUGCUCUGUAAGUUACUGACUGGGAAGGAGAGCGACUUUAAUGGUGCAUCUCCCAGUACACAGCUUCUCCCCUCCCUUUCCUGACUGAGGCCAGCGUGGCUGUGAUGUCCUUGAGCUCUGCUUGCCCUUUUGAGGCUGGAGCUCUGCAGCAGCCAGGGGAUGGGCUCACUGGUGCUGAGCACCUCAAGGAGCUGCUGCCCCUCAGCUCUGGGCUUUAGCAGGUGGGAGCCAAUGCUGUGGCCAGUACAAGGUGUGCUCCAGGGCCACAAAAUCUGCAGCUAGCUGCUGCUUUUUACCUUCAAGGGCUGCUCAUGGCUCCUCCCUUGCUGCAUCCGCAUGGCCUGUGCUUACCUGGUGCUGCAGGCUUGCAGGCACUCAGCCAAUCCUGCUUAGAGAGGAGCAGCUGUGCUGCUGCAUGGCUCUGCUCACGCACCUUCAAGUGCCACCCUUUGCUGUGUCCCCAAGGCUUUACUCAGCCUUUGCAGCUUCAUCUGGGGUGCUUUGCAGGGGGGUGGUUUUGCCUUGCUGUCCCUGCAUGCAACUUGUGUCCCUUCCCCACAGCACAAGGCCUGGGCAGCACUGGGGCUUUGGGCUUCUUUAGGCCCAUGAGCACUGUGAAGCAAACAGCCAGCCUUUCCCCCACUGUGAACUCCAAAAACCUACCCAUUGUAAAACACCCAGAAAGAACAAAAGGAUUAAAGGACAAAUGGGUCCUGCAGGACUGAUCCGCACGGUUUCUAUGUUCUGUUCAUGGCUGUAACCCCAUUAAACUGGCGCCUGCUCA